AAAGCCAGUACGAAAGUCUUUUUCAACGAGAGAAAUGCACGCUGGGAAAAGAUUCCCAUGAUCCCACAGUUUGUAGUUUACAGAUUAGCUAGCUAGCGCAGGCUAGCAGAGCAAAGUGAAAGCAGGGAAGCAAGAAGUCCAAACUGAACAAGAGAGGUGAAAUGACCACCUCCGCCCUCGGCCAGUCUGCCCCUCUCGUCCCAAACCUGGAGCUUGGGAUGGGGAGGUCAGCAGCCAUGCUGGGGUUAUCUGCUGGGUUGGGGGGAGCAGAGAUGGAGCUGCAGAAGAUGCUAAUCGAUGAAAGGAUGAAGUGCGAAAACCACAGGACCAACUACCAGACACUGAAGGCUGAACACACCAGCUUGCAGGAUGAGUUCACCCGGGCGCAGAGUGAACUGAAGCGCCUGCUGAGUGACAGACAGGCUCAGCAGGAGAAACUGCAGCUGCUGUUGGCCGAGCUCCGAGGAGAGCUGCUGGACAAAACCAGAGAGCUGGAGGAUCUUCGAAUGCAGGUGAUGACCCCUCAGCGGCUGGAGUUGCUCAGAGCUCAGGUGCAGCAGGAGAUGGAGGCUCCUGUCAGAGAGAGAUUCAGUAAACUGGAGGAGGAGACAGAGAAAUACAGGUCAGAGUACAACAAGCUGCGGUAUGAGUUCACCUUCCUCAAGUCCCAGUUUGAACAUCAGAGCGAAGAACAUGCUCGUAUACUGGAGGAGAGGAGGAUCCGCUUUGAAGCAGAGAUAUCUCGUUUGGAGAGGGAUAGGGAAGACCUGGUGGCUCAAUACCAGAGUUCAGACCCGCUGCGUGAUGGGAAACGAGUGGAGGCUCUGCUGAGGGAGAAAGCCCAGCUCCACCUGCGCCUGAAGGGCCUGGAGGCAGAGGUGGCCGAGCUUCGCGCCCAGAAGGACAACUCGGGCCAACAGGCCGAGAACGUCCAACGCAUUCAGAUCAGACAGCUAACGGAGUCUCAGGCCACAGUGAAGUCUCUGGAGGCGGAGCGUCAGUCGCUGCGUCUGCAGCUGGAGCGGAUGGAGAGCGAGCUUCAUCUGACCCAUGAGCAGAACAGCCAGCUCACAGGAAGACUCCACAAAGCUGAGAGAGAAGCCAACUCCCUCACCUGCCAGAUUGAAAGUCUGAAGCACUCACAUAAACUGGAGGUGGCCAGUGUCAAACUGGAGUGUACCCGCUCUAAAGGGGAGUUGGAGAGGGAGAGGGACACACUGCAGGGGCAGAUUGACGGUCUGCAGGCGGACGUGGAGGUGUUGAAGGCUGCGGUGGAGCGACACAAGGAAGUUCUGGUGGAGAAAGAGAGGGAGAUGGUGAGGAAAGUGCAGUCUGCCCGCGAGGAGGAGUUCCGCAAAACUGCAACCUUGCAUGAGGAAAAGUUGGAGUUGGAGAACCGUCUCGCUGCUCUGGAACAGCAGAGAGCGCUGCAGGAAGCUGCAGACCACGCCCAGUCGGAGGAUUGGGAGGAGCGUCUCCGUAGUGCACAACAAGGAGAGGAGUCGGCCCGCAGGGAACUGCAAAACCUAAGAACCAAACUACAGCAGCAAAGCUCACAGCUUGACGAGCUUGAGAGACAGAAAGCGGAGAUUGCCGACCUACAGCAGCAGAACCAGGAAUUGAGUGUCCAGCUGGGGACACUGUCUCACUCUGAAAGUGACCUGAUGGAGGCAAACCAGAGACUGAGAGGAACACUGGACAGAGUCCGGGAGGAGCUGAGGGCGGCCCGAGCCCAGGCUGAGAAGAGCCAGCACGAGGCAGAGAGGCUGGUGGAGGACCGUCAGGUGGAGUGGUUGGAGGAGAAACACAAGCUGCAGGAGCGAGCCGCUGGGCUGCAGCAGAAAUACUCCCAGGUCAAAGAGAAACUGCAGAGGGCAGCAGCGGCCCAGAAGAAGAGGAAAACGCUGACGGAGAACAAAGAGAAGGGGCUGCAUGAUAAGAUCCAGCUGCUGGAGGCCAAGAUAGAGGAGCUGGAACUGGAAGCUGCUGCAGCCAAGAAACGUUCAUCUUUCUCAGAGGAGCAAGCUCAACUCAGCAGACGGUUGAAGGAGCUGCAGCGACGACACAAUGAGUUUCGACGCCUCCUAUUUGGCGGCCAGGCUCCUUACGGUGCUGGCCCCGCCUUCCUGACCUCCUCACCUACCCCCUUCCUCCUCCUGGGGUCUGAAGGGCCAUUCUCCAACAUACCAGAGGAGCAGCAUCAGAGGGAGCUGUCUCUGCUGCGGCGGCGGCUCGAGGAUCUGGAAAGCGCCCAGCAGCAGCAGCUGGAGGAACUGGGAUCUCUGGUGCAGAGGGACCGGGCCCUCACUCCCCAGCCUGACCUGUGACACCCCAACACUUCUUCCCACUGGACUUGCAUUUGAAAUACAGAGCGAGAUGGCGUCCUGGUUGUCACAUUGAGGACCCCAGCUGUGUUUUAGAAGCAUUUAGAGCAGAAGCUUUAUUUAUUGCCAUAUUUCCAUAAAAAAAUGGAGAAAUGAGAAUGGAUUUUCUCAGCAAUUCUUCCCUUUUUUUAAGAUUGACCACUAAAUCCUCAGGGUUUGAUGUUAUAUUGACAUGUUUGUUGUUUACACACAUUUGCUCUUAAGCCACUUGGGAAAGCUUUUUAUAUAGACGAGUGAAUACAAAGUUUGUACAGUCAUUUCCAACAGGUUUUACUAAAAUUGUAUUGAAAAAAA